AUGGAGCACUUCGGCGUGGAAGCGCUCUACACUCCAACUAUCCAACCAUAUAUAGCUAUGACGAUGAAAUUGGUUCAAUUUCUCAUGGUGACCAUACUAGUUCUUGCGUCGGCUACCUACAAAAGGGUCUUAGCAAGUGAUCCGGAUAUCGUUUCAGACUAUGUUCUCCCCGAAAACAGCACAUCAGUUGAUGCUACUUAUUUUACAUUCACUGGAUUCCGCACGAUAUUUGAGCAUGUACCUAAAGCCUUUAACACAGCAAAAGCAAGUAUAGUUGAGUUUCCUGCUCUCAAUGGCCAGAGUGUCUCAUACGCGGUGCUUCAAUUGCCUCCGCAGACGCUCCUCCCACCUCAUACUCGCCCUGAUGCUACCGGACUUCUGUUCCUCUUGGAUGGUUCCUUGGAAGUAGGCCUAAUAGAUACGAAAAAUAAUCUGUACACGCAAAAGCUUCAGGCUGGAGAUAUGUUUGUAUUUCCCAAGGGACUAAUACAUUAUCAGUAUAACGCUGAUUCUCAAUUGCCAGCCACCGCCAUUGCAGCAUUCGGAAGUGCAAGUGCUAGAACAGUUGCGGUGCCACCUUCUGUUUUUGCUUCAGGUAUUGACGAUGUAAUUCUUGCCAAAUCCUUCAAGACAGAUGUUGAUACUAUCAGAAAGAUCAACGCUGGCUGGCCUCACUACUAG